AUGAACCCCCCGGGAAGCUGUACAACUGCCAAAUUAAUUAGCAGCAUGUCUUACGCGCUGGCUACGAAGAAACGGAAGUUCCACAGGGUCCUCGAUUCGCUAUCAGGUGCCAAUUUACAGAGAUCUUCCAAUGCAAGCUCUUCGACAACUACACCUCAUGCUACCCAAACAGACUCAAACACCCCAACGCUGUGUCCGACUAUCAAAAGGGUACGGGUAGCGUCCUCGGGCUCAGUAACUAAUCCCGACGGUAUGGUCGCGAGGAAAUCUGUGUCCAAUACAUCUCUUGACUCGUCUCAGCAGCCAUCGUCGCAACCUCGCCCCAAUUUCGUUCCCUGGGACCGCGAGCGGUUUCUCGAGCGGUUGGAAACGUUCCGCAGGGUGGAUCGAUGGUCCCCAAAACCAGCUUCUAUAAAUGAAGUUCAAUGGGCGAAACGGGGUUGGUCGUGCGUGGAUGUUAUGCGAGUGGAAUGUGUGGGUGGCUGUGGUUGUGCUGUGGUUGUGAAGCUUCCAGAAGAUGUGGACGACGUGGGCGAGGAUGAGGCGGACAAAAUAAUAGAGCGUAGGGAAGUCGAUACCAUACAGCGGUUGCCACUCACAAAUCCGGAAACAGCAGUAAAUAGCUUACAUACGCGCUAUUUGAAUCUUGCCAGUCUUGAGUCUAAACUACCUCCAAUCGAUAACAUCCAACUGCCAUCUGAAUUAGAUUUGGACGAAACACUCAGGAUAUUACCUCCGACAUUUUUGAGUGAUACACUAGAGUGUGUGACCGGACAGCCCACUGACAAACUUCCCGAACAACCUAUCGAUCACGACUCUAGUCGAACCAAUAUAUCCUGUCAGAAUGGAGAUGGAAAAGUUAAUAAAUCGGCAUUUGCACUUGCAACUUUUGGCUGGGAUGCCACCCCUGAUAUUGGGGCUGGAUUAGCAACAUGCGGAGCCUGCUUCCGUCGGCUGGGCUUAUGGAUGUAUAAACCUAAGGAAGACGGGAGUAUAUCGGUGUAUGCAAAACUUGAUGUUGUUGGCGAGCAUUUGGAUUACUGCCCGUGGGUCAACCCGGAAACACAGAGUGGAGGCCGGAAACCUGUCUUACAUGGCUUUGACGGGAAACGGCAGAGCGGCUGGGAAAUUUUGGCCCAGGCAAUUAAGACUGUCCAUCGUCGGCGGACGAGAGGUGAUAUACCCUCGACGCCAGCUGAGGCAGCUGAGGCAUCAAAUCAGGAAUCGUUGGCAAAUCCAGCAGAAGACAAGCUCGAUGACGACGAAAAGCGAAAACUGCGGGAUAGAGAGUGGUGGAUUAAACUGCGGAGAGUAAGGCAGUCUCUGCAAGCGAAGAGCCCGAAAAAGACGGGAUAUGUUGCUGGGGGACGUUGA